GACCCUCGUGUUGCUGCGCGCCGGUUGUCGCAUCGGCUGCUUCAGCAGCCAUUCUCUCCGUAUCACUGGAUGCUGCUGGCGUGGCUGCGGAGCUGGAUACUGCUGACGUGGCUGCGGGGCUCGAUGCUGCUGACGUGGCUGUGGGGCUGGAUGCUGCUGACGUGGCUGCAGGGCUGGUUGCUGCAGGAGUUGACGCACAGGCCCUGAAAACCCUGCGCUGA